UUAAAUGGCUUGUUGUCUUCCUAAAAACGAGGCGGUUUAAUUUUAUUUAAUUUAAGUAUGAGUGAGCUUGCCCCAAAACGUUUCUGCGCUGACAACGCAAACAGCCAUAAUUAUCUUUGGCUUAGCAAAAUUAAUGAACUCCAGCAGGACCUUCAUUCGGGUCUGGCUGAACUACGAGCUGUGAAGGAUGCCGUAGGAACACUUACGGCGUUCUUGGAACAGGCGACGAGGGUAGACGCUGAAAUAUCGAAGAAGAUUGAUGAAUAUUUUCCUAUAAAAUCAGACGAGGACCUGUCGGAAAUGGACGAAAAAAUAACCGAGGGGAAUGCCGGACAAUUUAUAAAGCACAUGGCACUGCUACUGAACCAGUCAAAGAUAAGCCGCUCAAUUCGAAACAUAUUCUCGGAGGAGAUCCUACUUAAUUAUAAUUUGGACGGAUAUCAAAACAAGAAGAAACUUAAGUCCUUUAAUCAUUUUCUUCCCGCGCUAUUGAAUGCCAUUGGUCAGGUAGAACCGUCUGAUCCGGUAGAGAAAACGUUGAAUAGGGCAAUGAGAUGCGUUAAGAACCUUAAUUCAUCCAAAAAAAUGGCCCUGAAGUCCUCAAAGACGAUCGUGAAUAAGGCGACGAAGGUAAAGCCUGAGAAACCACUUAAAAUCGAUGAGUAUUCCUACAAAAAAUCAAGCGAGGGAUUACCAGAAACUGACGGACAAAUAGCCGAAGAAAUCGAAAACUUUUUUCCUAAGAACCUUCACGCAGUCAAAAGGGUAUCCCUCAAGGCCUCCAAUUCGUUCGUGGAAGAGACAGCUGAGAUAUCGCGAAAUAUCGACGAAUUUUUCCCAAUAAAAUCGGAUGAGGAGUUACUAGAAAUGGACGGAAUAAUAAACCAAGAGAAUGACGGUGCAUUUAUAUUGCAUAUGGUAAUGCUCUUGACCCAGAAGAAGAUUAGUCGCUCAAUACGAAACAUAUUCUCGGAGGAGAUCAUACUUAAUUAUAAUUUAGACGGCCACCAAAACAAGAAAAAACUUAAAUCUUUUACAAAUUUUCUUCCCGCGCUAUUGAAUGCCAUCGGUCAGGUAGAGCCGUCUGAACCGGAAGAGAAAACGUUGAAGAAGGCAAUGAGAUGCGUUAAGAACCUUAAUUCAUCCAAAAAAAAGGCCCUGAAGUCCUCAAAGACGAUCGUGAAUAAGACGACGAAUGUAAAGCCUGAGAAAUCACUUAAAAUCUAUGAGUAUUCCUUCAUAAAAUCAAGCGAGGGAUUACCAGAAACUGACGGACAAAUAGCCGAAGAAAUCGAAAACUAUUUUCCUAUAAAAUCGGACGAGGAGCUUUCGGUAAUGGACGAUAAAAUAAACCAGGAGAAUGGCCUAACAUUUAUAACGCAUAUGAUCCUGCUCUUGAGCCAGGGGAGGAUGAGUCGUUCAAUAAGAAAAAUAUUCUCGGAUGAGAUAAUUCUCAAUUAUAAUUUAGACGGAGCCUUAGUUGCCAUCGGACAGGUAGUGCCUUCUGAGCCUGUUGAGAAAGCGCUGACGAAGGCAAUGAGAUGCGUUAAGAACCUUCACGCGGCUAAAAAGAUGGCCGUAAAGUUCCCCAAGUCCCAAAAAACCAUGGAAACCUCGAUUCGGACUAAAAAAAGUAAAUGUUCUUUAAACAAAGUAUUAACCAACUCUCUGACAGAAGUCGGCUUGAAUUAAAAAAAAUCCUAGACCUGAAACUACAUUUAAGAAUUUGAGAUGCAUUUUUAAUUAUCUACAUACAUAUGAACUUAAUAAAAGUAAUGAAUUGAAGCUUAAAGAGAUUAAAUGUUUUUCCGGUCUGGAAUAUUUAACACGGAAA